AUGCUAACUGUUGAAGAAAAUGAACUGUGUUAUCCACAUCUCAACUCAUCCUGCUUGAAGGCCACACAUCCUCCCUCUCUGUCCAUUCUUAUUUAUGUUGCACUAUCCUUGAUCGCUCUUUUUACUGUGAUUUUUAACUUACUGGUCAUCAUUUCUGUCUGCCACUUUAAGAGGCUCCACAGCCCCACCAACAUCCUGCUGCUCUCUCUGGCUGUGUCAGACUGCCUGGUGGGAUUCCUCAUUUCAUUCCAGAUAGAGCUGGCCGAUGGCUGCUGGUAUCUUGGAGACAUCAUGUGUGCCCUCUACUUUGUUUCAGACUAUGUUAUUACAUCCGCCUCAGUGGGAACCAUGGUGCUUAUUUCUGUUGACCGUUAUGUGGCCAUCUGUCACCCACUGCAUUACUCCAGUAAAGUAACAGCAGAGAGAGCAAAAAUUUGUGCUGUCAUUUGUUGGAUUUCUUCUCUUUUGUUUCACAGCUUCGUGCUGAGAAGUAACCUGCAAAAACCAGGCAGAUACAACUCCUGUUCUGGAGAAUGUGUAGUCAGUGUUGAUUAUGUUGGAGGAAUUCUUGACCUCCUGCUGUCCUUCGUCGGUCCUGUCACUGUGAUCAUUAUUCUGUAUGUGAGAGUGUUUGUAGUGGUUGUGUCUCAGGCUCAAGCCAUGCAGUCUCACGUUGCAGCGGUUUCUGUGAGCGUCACAGCUAAGAAAUCUGAAAUCAAGGCAGCUCUUAUCCUUGGUGUUGUCGUAGUUGUGUUUCUAAUAUGCACCUUCCCAUAUUACUGUGUCACACUCAUCGCUGAGGAUGCUGGGGUCAGUGCUUCAUCUGUAAUCUUCCUCCUGUUUUAUUUUAAUUCCACCCUGAACCCUCUGAUCUACGCCCUGUUUUAUCCCUGGUUUAGGAAAUCAGUUAAACUGAUUCUUACACUGCAGAUCCUGAAAACUGGUUCCUCCAACACUAAUGUGGUUUGA